AAUUGUCCAUUCUUCUCGGCUGCAGCUUAGUUUGUAGUGGAGGUGGCACUGCAAACUUCCUCCUGAGAGAUUUCUUUUCACAAACUAAAUCACUUUAUACUGCACGGAUGGAUACCAGUGGGUGCAGAAACUUGUCUGGAGCGGUUUUGGGGCGAAACUUGGCCCAGCCUGUGUUUGGAUGAUCGCCGAGGAUAUAGUGAGGGAAGGUUUUAGAAUCCUGAAUCUCGCUCAAGCAGUGCAGUGAAUUUGUGGUGUAAGGAUUUUGUAGCCUUCUCUUCAUAUGGCUGCACUUCAGUUAGCUAAGCCUCAAGGUAGAGAAGCAUGUGUUGGCGUAAACAACCAGAGUUAUUUCUGUGAAACGGGGCAUUGCUGUGGAGAAUCGCAAUGCUGUAACUACUAUUAUGAGCUCUGGUGGUUCUGGCUUGUUUGGACCAUCAUCAUCAUCCUGAGCUGCUGCUGCAUCUGUCACCAUCGACGGGCCAAGUUGCGACUGCAGCAACAACAGAGGCAGCGCGAGAUCAACCUCAUUGCCUACCAGGGAGCACGCAACUACUCCCUGCUCCCGCUCUACCUGAGGUUUUUGCCGAGCUAUUUGCUGCCUCCGUACGAGGAAGUGGUGAACCGGCCCGUCACGCCUCCGCCCCCCUACAGCGCUUUCCAUCAGCAGCCCGUCCCGCAGUGCAACGGCCCCUCCAUCUCGGAGCCACCACGGGCUCCGGCCGCCCCCGGUAACGCGGUGCUGACAGUGUGCGAGGCAGUGCCUCGGCAGGACAGCUCGUUGGGCCUGGACUCGCCGCGGCGGUCGUUCAAGGCACCGUGCGGCGGUGGCGGGGCGGAGGAGCUGGUGCUGGGCUCAGAGCGGGAGCCGGUGCGGGCUUGUCGCCCAGACCUGGAGCAGGAGGACGAGGAGGAGGAGGAGGAGGAGGAGGAGGAGGAGGAGGAGGAGUUUGACUGCCCCGAGAAGGAGCAGCUCAACGACUACUAUCCCGGCUCAUCCUCCAAGAUCGAGACCUGGCAACAGCAACAUCAGCCCAGCCCCGAGAUCAAAGACACGGACAAGACCCCCGGGAGGCACCGCAGGUUCACCGGAGACUCGGGCAUCGAGGUGUGCGUCUGCAACCGGGACGGGGACGAUGCCAGGGAGGUGGACGGGCUGAUGGACGGCACGGGUGGCGCGGUGGAGUAUUGCAGCACCUGCGACGUUUGCGACGCAUGUCCCCGUCCGGACACGGGGGAGGAGGGAGAAGGGGAGGAGGAAGGGGAUGGCACAGCCGAGGAGCGUAAGGAGCAGCACGGCACGGGGCUGGACGAGCCCGUCUGCCUCUUGUUGGACACCAUCAAUGAGAACGAGCUGCUGCAAGCCCACCAACGGCACGACCCCCAGACUUAAAACUCGCGGCCCCGACUCUCCGCCGCCCUGGUCUGAUGUGUCGCACUCGAGGGCUCUCUUGUGCUCUUGUUUCAUCCCAAUCGCUUCCGGUGUCGAGUGUAACUUGGAUGGGGUUGAAGGAAAAGACAGCAGAUGCCAAAGCACUGGGUGGGAUCACUGCUCAACUACGCUGGCAUCGACAGUACUGAACCCCACCAACAAUGUCGCUCCGUGCACAAGACAUGGUGGCGUAGAAGCAAUUAUAACAGCAACUGGAAUUUUAUAUCCAGCAUUUAAAAUUUUAAUCAAAAUGUAUUUGCAUGGGAUUGUGACCCUUUGUUCACCUUGAGUUAUAUGAAGAGACCACUUGUGUCCUUGUAGGAGUGACGGUAUUGUCCGUCUGAGUUGAAGUUGCAAGCGGUCUAAUACAAUGUGGGAGGCUUUGGAUCUGAUGCACUGUGUACUUUCCUGUAGAAGGGGGGUGAUGGGUUUUUUUUCUCCUGGGACUAUGCACAACAGCUUUAAACUGCAUAAAAGGCAAUCCUCCUGCAUCACCUCUCUCCCUCUCUCCCUCUCUCCCUCUCUCCCUCUCUCCCUCU